AUGUUAGUGCACAUAGGGGGAAAAGAAGAGGUUAAGUUGCCACCCACACCUGAGGAUGAAUUUGAGGGGUCCUUUAGAGUCAAUAGCUUGGGUUUAAUGGAGAGAAUGGAGGGAAGCACUACUGAGGAGAGUGAGGAGGAAGAGGAUAUAGAACAUGUUUACCCUGAGAAGGAGCUUCACAAUCUGCUGAUCAGGAGAAACCUUCACACAGUCCCACAGGUCAAGAAUUCAGACCAAAGAGAAAACAUUUUUCAAACAAAAUGUAAGAUCGGGAACAUGCUAUGUGAUUUGAUAAUUGAUGGAGGCAGUGAGUCCAAUUGUGUGAGCAAAGAGCUAGUCAAAACCUUGGGAUUAACCACUAAACCUCACCCUCGACCUUACACACUAAGAUGGUUGGAUGAUAGCACAGGGAAUGCAAUUAGUAAGCAAUUCUUGGUGAGCUUUAGCAUAAGCACCUACCAUGACCAAGUGCUUUGUGAUGUUCUGACCAUGGAUGCUUGUCAUGUGUUGCUUGGGAGACCAUGGCAACAUGAUAGGAAGACUAUGCACAAUGGUUAUACCAAUGUGUAUUCCCUGAGGCAUGAGGGUAAGACCAAGGAGUUGAUGCCAUUACCCCCUCACAAAGCCACACCUCUUGUCAAGACCAAACAACCCACACACUUAAUAGGUAGAAAGGAGUGUGACAGAGAGCUGAGAUCAGGGAACCCAGUGGGAAUUGAGCAUCAAAUUGAUUUGAUACCAAGGGCUCCUAUACCUAACAAACCAGCAUAUAGGACAAACCCUAUUGAGGCUAAGGAAUUACAGAAACAAGUAGAAGAGUUGUUAGCUAGAGGGUAUGUUAGGGGGAGUCUAAGUCCAUGUGUUGUACCUACACUUUUAGUUCCUAAGAAAGAUGGUUUAUGGAGAAUGUGUGUAGAUAGCAGGAGUGUGAAUAACAUUACUGUUAAGUACAAAUUCCCUAUGCCUAAGCUAGAUGACAUACUGAUCUAUAGUGGUACAGUGAGAGAACACCUUGAGCACCUUAGGAAAUUAUUUGAAGUCUUGAGGAAGCAACAACUUUAUGGGAAAAUAAAAAAGUGUGCUUUCAUGUUAUCAGAGGUGAAUUUCCUAAGAUUUAUCAUUGGGAAGGAAGGAAUUAAGGUAGAUCCUGUCAAAGUAGGGGCAAUUACCACCUGGCCUACACCUACAACCAUCACACAUGUUAGGUCCUUUCAUGGGUUAGCAUCAUUCUAUAGAAGAUUCAUUAAGAACUUUAGUUCUAUUAUGUCACCCUUAGCAGAAUGCACAAAGAAAGGGGUUUUUGAGUGGACUAUUGAGGCUCAAGCAGCCUUUGAGCAGAUUAAGGGAUUGAUGUGUAAGGUACCUAUUCUAAGACUACCAGACUUCACUAAACCCUUUAAGGUUGAGUGUGAUGCCAGUGGAAAAGGGAUUGGAGUUAUGUUGAUACAAGAAGGAAGACCUGUUGCCUACUUUAGUGAGAAGCUAAAUGGUAGUAGACUUAAUUAUUCUACCUAUGACAGAGAGUUUUAUGCUAUAAUUAGGGCAAUAGAAACAUGGUCACACUACUUGAAAGUCCAACCCUUUAUCCUACACUCAGACCAUGAAUCACUCAAGCACAUUAAUGGCCAAAGUAAGUUGAACUCUAGGCAUGGUAAGCGGGUAGAAUUCCUCCAGUCCUUCACAUUCUCAACUUUAUCCUACAUUCCAAAUUCUUGA